GAGCACGCGGAUUCCUGACAGUUGGAAUCAGUCUUAUAAGAGUGCUGACAAACAAACUCGAUUACUAACUUCUUGUUUUCUUUGUGUCUGGUUAUAAAUAUAAGCACCAUGAAUCAACUGGUGAAGAACACCAUCGCACUGUUUAUUUUCGCAAUUGUGUUGCGGAGUGCAUCAGCUGGGCUGACAAUGGAGGAAAUAAUGUCAACGGGGAAGAUUUUAAGAAGCCACUGCCAGCCGCGUGUUGGAGUAUCGGACGAGACCAUUGAGGCAGCUUCCGAAGGCCGAUUCAGCGAUGACAGGACAUUGAAGUGUUACCUGGCUUGCAUGAUGGGACUGUCGCACUCGCUGAAAGACGGCAAGUACCAAGCCGAUCUGACGAUCCAAAUGGCCGAAGAUUUGCUGUCCCCUGAAAUUAGCGGCAAGGUUAAGAAUGUAGCUCAAAAGUGUCGGAACGCAGGUGACGGAAUCGAAGACGAAUGUGACGUCGCUCUUGCACUCACAAAAUGCGCCUAUGAAGUCGAUCCUGAGAACCCGAGGCACGUGCAUUUGGCCAAUUACAGUUGUGCGUUAAUGAAAGGGAACAAGAUGCAUUGGUCGUCCGUAGUUUUUGUUGUCAUGGCAACGCUGCUUCUGGAGUUCAAACAAACGUCUGGCGAACUGACUCUCGAAGAGAUACAGAAAGCAAACAUUAUUCUGAGGAAGCAUUGUCAGCCCACUUCUGGGGUCAGCGAUGAUGUCCUUGAAGCUUCAAUGAAAGGAAAUUUCGCUGAUGACAGAAACCUUAAGUGCUACUUGGCUUGCAUGAUGGGGCUGACACACGCACUGAAGAAUGGGCAAUACAGAGCAGAACUUGCAAUAAGGCUCGCGGACGACAUAUUACCAGAAGCUAUCAAGGGCAAGGCAAGGUCCGUGGUGGAGAAGUGUCGAAACGCAGCUGAUGGUCUUACUGACGAGUGUGAUAUGGCAUUUGCGAUCAAGAAAUGUGCUUACGAGGCUGACCCAGAGAUAUAUUACGUGCAGUGAUCGAAGGACAAGCAACCCCAUGAAUCGUCAUAUUAAAUGCACAACAACGUGAGCUUCUGUACAGUCUGAAUCGAAAAAUAAAGUAAUCCACACGCCGUGCGUAUGAA